AUGCUCUGCGGUGGGGAGCCCGGCGGCGAAAUCCCCUCAGGAGACGGCGGGGGGGGGAGACCAGGACCGACAGGUGGAGGAGGAGACAAUGGCGGGGUUGACAGAGGGGCUGUGGGCACUCCAUCGGCGCCGGUGACGGAGCAGCCGAUGAGGAGGGCUGAGGCGGCGGCGGCUGCAGUGGGAGGGGGAAGCGCCGCAGCGGUGACGGCGACAGUGGGGGCCGUGGAGAACGUGGCUGCUGCCGCGGAGACGCCAGAGGCUGUUGCUGCUGCUGCGACUGCGUUUGAGGACGGGGCGGCUGUGGCGGCGGAGAACGCAGCGGAGACUGUGACGGCAUCAGGGCUGGCUGGCGGAACUGCUGCCGUUUUUGGCGGCGGCUCAACCCCACUCUCGGCCAACCACCAGGGGGCACAACCGCAGACACAGGAGCUGGGCCGGGCGGUGGAUCAGGAACAGGCUGAAGUGGUGGCAUUGUCCGCGUCGCCGGCGCCGGUAACGGCGGCGGUGUUGGCGGCGGCGGUGACUGCUGCGACUGCGGUGGGGGGCGUGGCCGACGCCCCGGUCGAGGGGGGGUAA